AUGCCCACGAUGGCGCCCAACCUUGUCACUCACCCGAACCCCUGUCCCAACCCAAACAUUCCCCCCUUACGCUUGGAGAUUGAGGACAUUCCCAUCGCCAAGAGUCAUCCUCAGUUCUCCCACGCCGUCGCUGCCGUUACAGCAUACUGGCGCCAAGCAACCAACAUGGCUUUAUCCGAUCAACAGGAAUACCGCGACCUUGUGGCCUCGUCGGCGUUUAUUGUUCCCAAAUCGGCCGAGGGCAUACCGAGCCAACACAAGCUGUACAAAGCCAUCAAGAAUAACUCAACGUGGGCGCGCCAUGUCAUGUUGAACGCCAUCUACGGCAAGGUCAAAUCUCUGGCGGAGCAUGUGAAGACGGCACAUGGCUCUGAUGUGAUGGAAAACUUCUUCAACGAAUACUGCAAGCACCAUCCCUGGCAAAGGGGUCUCAAGAAGCGUCAACGCGAGUCCAUCGCCCAAGGUCAACCUCCGAGCAAGAAGCAUGCUGAAGCCCCUGCUUCGUCCAAUUCGGCAGCCAAUUCUUCUGGAAAAGUAGCAAUCAAGAGCGAAUUUCCAGAAUCGAAGAGUCAAGCUCUCGGCAAAUUGGCCAAGGUAGAUCAGAAGCCCAUGGUGGCGCCUGUGUCGAACGAGAACAAGCUCGCCCUGCAUCCACGGAGCGACUCUCCUCUUUUCACUCGGGGGAUCCAGACACCGUCCCAGAAAGCGGCAGAGACCGACAAAAUGGACGAGAUACUGCGCGAACUCGUUCUCAUUCGAGAGAAUCAAGCCAAGCAGGAUGAGAAAAUGGACGAGAUACUGCGCGAGCAGGGCCACAUCCGAGAGCACCUAUUCAAGGAGACUGACAAGGUGGGAAAGGCCAUGGCGAGGGCGGAGGGCUCCAAUGCCGAGCUUACAUCCCGUUUCAAGGUCGUGGAGAAGAAUGUCCAACUGCUGCUGAAGAAGAAUCCAUAA